UUUUUUCCAAACUGAAAGCGCACAAGGUCGUGUGAAGGAGAGCGCGAUCCAGUUUGUAGGCCAAGCACUUUUAUUCGUUGUAUCUCAGUCUUCCGGAUCGUGUCAAACUUUCUUUCAGGAUUUUGGCCAAUUUAUCUGUAUGCUAGGAUAUGAGUUCACAGAAAGGUAACACUCAGCGCACACGACCUCAGAAACAUAAGAAUACUAAGGCUUUUAAAAACAACUUGCAUGAUACGUCUAAAGAAAUCAAACGUCUCAACAAUCUGACGUUCGACUUUUUGUGUCCUAGAUGUACAGGUGUUGUGCAGUGGAGAGUCAAAUACAAAAAGUAUCAUCAAUUAGCAAACCCUAGAGUUUGUGUGAAGUGUAACGGGAAGACUGUAAAGCAAGCCUACCAUACAAUCUGUACAGAUUGUUCAAGUGCUUUGAAAAUCUGCUCUAAGUGUGGAAAAUCGGAUGGAUCGAUUACCUUCGGUGCUACAGAAAAUCAAGAAGAUAUUAACCAACAAUUUAUUGAUGCUUUGAAAAAUGUUCGUGAGAGAGAACGCCGUAAGUUAUUUUUUAGAUGUACCAGGACGUUCUUAUUUGAGCGUUGGGUUUUAUAUAUGCUGUUCGUUAUUAAAUUCUUGAGAAAACGGUAAUCGUAACAAAGCUUCCCAGUUGUUCAUACAAAUAGGAAAACUGGAGCUAAAAAAUACCUAUCACUAUCGUAUUACAUUCCAGUCACUUUUUUAGUUUCCUACAACCUGCUUUUGGACCAUGUGUUUUAUUUAGAAUAAAGUACAAGUAACAGAUAUUUAUUCUCUCGAACGGAAAAAAGUCGUUCCGGUGAUUUUUGCGAACGAUAUACAAUAUCUCUGCACUAUAUUCUCAAGAGUAUCUAGACACGUGAAUAGUCACUAGAACCAUUUCCAAACAGCCGGAACGGAACAUCGAAAUAGGCUCCCAACUCUUAUUGAAAUCCGAAAAGCUAUAGCUAGUCUGAGACAAGAAAGAGCAGCUGGUCCAGAUGAAUUAUCUCCAAAAGUCUUUAAGCAUGGUGGUACAGUUUAAGCGAUUAGGUUGACUAGUAUUCCAGUUAAAAUCUGGGAACUGGACGUAAUCCCUUCCAACUGGUUGCAAUCACUGAUCGUCCUAAUCAAAAUCAUCCUGUGAUAACCAUAGAGGGAUUAGCUUGACUAAUAUGGCAUCUAAAAUACUGGCCUCAAUAAUUAUCGGACGUUUAACAAAGACUCAUGAACUGUAAAUACGCGAAAACCAGGUUGGCUUCAGACUUGGUAGUGGCUGCAUCGACUACAUAUUCACUAUUCGUCCGACAGUGAUGGUUUUUCUUGACUUAGAAGCAGCGUUUGACUCUGUUGGCCGGAAGAUUCUAUGGCAGUCUGUCAUUGGAAGACAUACCUCAGAAGUAGUACAUAAACCUCGUGAAGGCUCUUUACUCGAACACUACCAGUCGAGUCAGUGCUUACGGCGAAGUGUGUCAUCUAAUUUCGCAACCUCCAUUUUCGGUCACUUUCAUCAAAGACCUACUGCUGGAAAUAACGUUGUCGUCGACUGAAUUUUCGGGAAUUGAUCUCCUACCAGAAGGUCCACUUAUUGACUUAGGAUACGCAGAUGAUGUAGUCCUGUUUGGUGAAUACGCUGAUAAAAUGCAGAACCUUUUGAUAGCAUUAGGAAACAAUGUCAGGGUGUUUGGGGUGCGUUUCUCCUCUUCUAAAUGCAAAUUCUUGCUUCAGGACUGGCCUGUGUCAACACCUGAACUAAGGAUAGGGAGUGAAGUAGUCGAAUGCGUCGACAACUUCACUUAUCUUGGAACUUUGAUCAACCCUAAUGGGUUGGUGUCUGACGAAAUUUCUAUACGGACUCGAAAAGAUCGUUCGGCUUUUGCCAAAUUACGUCACCUAUAGCGAGAUAUCCGUCUAUCAAUUAAGAGACGAAUAUACUGCGCAGCAGUCCGUUCUGUUUUACUUAACAGCUGCGAAACAAUGCCACUAAGGGUAAAGGAUACUCGUAAGUUACUAGUAGUUCAUUACAUUUUUCUUAGAAAUAUUGCUUGCCUCUUCUGGGAUCACCAGGUAAUGGUGAGGUUAGACUCAGGGUAGUAGGGAAUGAUGGUAAGUCAGUUAGUGAGGUUGUAAAUCAUCAUCGACUGAGAUGAUUGGGCCACGUGUUACGUAUGCCUGAACACUGAUUACCACGACGCGUGUUGGAGAUGGUAGGAAGUUAGGAGCGGCCAAACCAGAACGUGACACCAGUCCAUAAAGUCACUAACUUCUGGUCUUAGCCAUGUUGUUAGAUGCAGACUACUUGGUUUGGGUCCAUGCGAUUAUCGUAAUCAGUGGUUGGAGACUGGGUGAUAUAGCUCAGAAUGGAUUACAAUGGCGCAGGUGUAUACACUCUUCGUUUUCCCUUAAAACGUGAGACUAAUGAGGUAUGGGAACUUAGACCGAUGCAUAUACGUGCGUUGUAGGUGACUGACUGACACUACCAAAUACAUCUGCAACCAUGUGGAAAUCCCCGGAUUAAAACUUCAUCAUGGAGCUGACGAUAAUUACUGGGUUUUGUGACUGACGUCAUUUGUUACCUGCAACAUAGUGGGUUUUUCAAGUAAUCGAGGUAACGUAAAUUAUUAUACAUUUCAUUAUGUGCAGAUUAUAACAACAAUUAUUGCAGUCUAUAUUUUCUAUCUCUAGUAUUUUAAUUUACCUGAAGAUAUUUUAGAAGCUGAUCCGACCAAUAAAUCAGAUCCACCACUUUAAGAAAUUUAGGACAAAUAAUCCUACUUUUAGAUAGGUGUGUCUCUCCCAACUAAAUAUGUCACAGAUUUAAUCUAAUGACUGUUGAAAUGCUUAUCCGUCUGAAGAUUGUUCUUUACUAGUUACAGUAUUUUCAAGAGAAUUAGGAGUAAUCUAUAUUUAUGAAACAUGUGAACUUUCUCUAGGUGCUCUUCUCCGUUUGGCCCAGUCCAAUAAAAAACCAAUUGAGUCAGGUAAUAUUAACGCUGACGAAGAAAUUCAUCUAAACAGUCUGAAUAAGUUAAUUGUGAAGGAACUAUCGGAUAUCAAAUUUGAUGAGGACAAAUAUGAAUCAGAUGAUUAUAAGUCCAGUUAGCGGGAUUGCAUUAAAAUAUACUUGUAAAUUUCAUAAAGCAGAGUAUUUCCAAACC